AAAUAAUCCUGGUUUGCUACAUCCAUCAUGAUUAACAGUCUCCCUUCCUCCUAUCGAAUAACUUGGGUUCGGCUAGCAUUUGCACACACUGAUGAAUAGAGUCAGCCUCCGCUUCUGAUGGAAAGUAGGGAAUGAUGAACUUACCCCCCGCUGCACUUGCCCUUCGAGAAGAGACCGCAUUUGGGGCACUGAGAUGCCGUCUUGCACGUGGUUGCCUUGGUGGUUGCCGCGGCGGUCGUCGUGGUGGUUUUGGUAGUGGUGGUGGUAGUUUUGCUGGAGGUAGUGGUAGUGGUAGUGGUGGUAGUCGUUUUAAUAGUCGUGGUAGUAGUGGUGGUGGUGGACAACGUAGUCGAGGUGGUCGUAGUAGUGGAAGGAGCGGAGGAAGUAGUAGUAAUAGUAGUAGUAGAAGGAGCGGAAGAAGUAGUGGAAGAAGUAGUGGAAGUCGAGGACGAGGUAGUCGGAGAUGAAGUGUGCGACGACGAGGUGGUCGAAGUGGUGGUGACUGACGAGCUGGGCGCAAUCUUGGUGGUGGUGGGCUGCUUGGUGGUCACUGGUGUCUCAACUGUGUGCGUAGUCACCGGCUUGGAGGUCUCC